AUGAAGUCCUUUCGCUUUAAAGCCAUUCUGGAGGAUUCUGGCUGGCUCGAAAAUGCAGUCGUCUCUAUUGAUGAUGCGGGAAGGAUCGCUUCUGUUUCACAAACAGACGUUGUGGGCGCAGAGUUUAUCAAUGGCUACGCUCUUCCGGCCUUUCAAAAUGCGCAUUCCCACGCCUUCCAAUAUGCGAUGGCUGGACUCGGGGAGAACCAUGCCGGCGACGAUGAUUUCUGGUCAUGGCGCGAAAUGAUGUACCAGCUGGCCCUCGAACUCGACCCCGAGAGUUUGGAAACAAUUGCUCAAAUGUUCUACACUGAGCUUGUGCGAAACGGCUAUUCAAAUGUGGCCGAGUUUCAUUAUAUACAUCACGAUAAAGACGGGGUACCAUACACGAAUCUCGCAGAGAUGGGCGAAGCGCUUGUCAAAGCUGCGCGCAAUGCAGGAAUCAAAAUCACGCUGAUCCCCAUCUUUUAUCAAAAGGGCAGCUUCGGCGUCGAACCGAAUGAACGGCAAAAGAGGUUUAUUUCGAAAUCCUUCGACGAUUACAAGCGGCUGUUCGAAGCUUCUGCAGAAGUAUGCCAAAGAUACAAGCACGCCAACGUCGCAGUCGGUGUUCAUUCGAUGCGCGGCGUCGAAACGACGGAUAUUAUACGCGCCGCAACCGAGCUGCCCGACGACGUUCCCUUUCAUAUACACAUUUCGGAGCAGCUCAAAGAAGUCGAAGACUCGCAGGCAUUCCUGGGCAAACGGCCAGUUGAAUGGAUGCUCGAGAAUAUCAACUUGAAUGAAAGGUUUCACCUUGUCCAUGCGACCCACCUGACACAGACAGAGACCAGAAAUCUGGCAAAAUCGCAUGCGAACGUCGUGCUUUGUCCGAGUACGGAAGGAAAUCUGGGCGACGGACUCUUUCCACUGAGAGAUUAUCAGGAUUUUGGUGGCAAUUGGAGCAUUGGCACGGACAGUAAUAUCGGCUUGAACCCGUUAGAGGAAUUGCGCCUGCUGGAUUACGGACAACGACUGAUAUCUCACAAGCGCAAUACAUUCGGCAAUGAUGCUGGUUUGUUUGCACUAACGAAGGCAAUCAUUUCUGGGCGCCGCGGGAUGAACAAUUUCGAAACGGGAUUUUUCACUGUUGGCGCGGAUUUCGACGCCUGUGUCCUCGAUGCGAAUGCGCCACUAUUGGCUAACGUGAAAAUGGAGAAUCUGGCAUCUUCAAUACUCUAUUCAGCCGAUGCAUCCCACUUCUGUGGCACUUUUAUUGCCGGAAAAUUGAUUCAAAAAGACCACAGCUACGACUUGAUAAAGCAAAAAUUUGUGGAAUGCGUUAACAAAUUUCGCUAA